CUGCCCACACACUACUUCACAUAUAUAUGACUCUUCUUCAACCUGUGUUCGUCAUAUUCAUAUCCCUCGUUUCGUUUUCUCCAAAAGAAAUAUAUAUAAAAAAAACCCAUUUUUUAAUUUCUUUAUUCUUUCAAUCUCAUUUUAUAUUCUCGGUACCAUUUGCUGAAUCUUCCUAUAUUUCCUGGUUAUAGAGUGAUACUGAUCAUUUAAAGCUAAGGAACGUUUGUGUGUUUGAUGCGCACAAGGGGGUUUCUAUAUUGAUUAUCUUUUUGGAAGUAUCCUCUCGUUUUAUUGUGGUCAUGGGUCUUGAAGUUGGUUCUUUCACCUUCAAACCUAAAGAAUCAGGCUUGACAUCAAGAACCAGCAGUUUCAAGAGAGACGACACUAAUCACCAGAAUUCUCCCAAGAUUACAACUAUGCAGCGGUCGUUGAGUUUCAACAGCUGGGAGAUUCCUAAAGAGAGCAAGACUGAUUCAGAUUUUGAGGUUGUGGAGACAAAGAAGUCAACUCCUAACACUUUGAACGGAAGAAACUGUGAGAGAAUCCAAAUAAAGAAACCCACAAUUACUCCACCUGAGCCUUUUGUGUUCUUCUCCCCUAGACCGGUCACCGAGCUUGAUGCAGCUGCAACUACGCUACAGAAGGUAUACAAGAGUUACCGGACGAGAAGGAACUUAGCAGAUUGUGCUGUCCUUGUUGAGGAGCUCUGGUGGAAGACUCUGGAUGCUGCAGCUCUGAACCUGAGCUCUGUUUCUUUCUUUGAAGAAGAGAAACAUGAGCCUGCCGUUUCCAAAUGGGCACGAGCUAGAACACGAGCAGCUAAGGUUGGUAAAGGCUUGUCAAAAGAUGAGAAGGCUCAGAAAUUAGCUCUUCAGCAUUGGCUUGAAGCUAUUGACCCACGUCAUCGUUAUGGCCACAACUUGCACUUCUAUUAUGAUGUCUGGUCAGGGAGCAAGAGCUCACAGCCUUUCUUUUACUGGUUGGAUAUAGGAGACGGCAAAGAUUUAAAUCUUGAAAAACACCCAAGAAGUGUCCUGCAAAAACAAUGCAUCAGCUAUCUCGGACCAAUGGAGAGAGAAGCAUAUGAAGUGAUAGUGGAAGAUGGGAGGCUAUUGUAUAAACAGAGCAUGACUCUGAUCAAUUCAACCGAGGAAUCAAAGUCGAUUUUUGUACUUAGCACGACUAGAACCUUAUACGUAGGGAAGAAAAAGAAAGGCGUUUUCCAGCACUCGAGCUUCUUAUCUGGAGGCGCCACAACCGCUGCAGGAAGAUUGGUCGCCCGCGAUGGGAUCCUUGAGGCUAUAUGGCCAUAUAGUGGACACUAUCUCCCAACAGAAGAAAACUUCAAGGAGUUCAUAAGCUUCUUGGAGGAGCACAAUGUUGAUCUCACCAAUGUUAAGAGGUGUGCUGUGAAUGAGGAAUAUUCGUCAUUCAAAUCAACUGCAGACGAAGAAGAGGAAGCAAAGGAAAUCUCAGAGGAAGUUGAGAUGCCUUCAGAGCAAGAAGAGAGAGCUAAACCGGUGUUUGAUCCUGCCAAGAGACUUUCUUGUAAAUGGUCAAGUGGGGUUGGUCCAAGAAUUGGGUGUGUUAGAGAUUACCCAAUGGAGCUACAGGCACAAGCACUGGAGCAAGUCAGUCUCUCGCCUCGGGUAUCACCAGCUAAUUCUUACGGACCAAUUCCAUCUCCAAGACCGAGUCCUAAAGUGAGGGUUUCUCCACGAUUAGCUUACAUGGGAAUCCCAAGCCCUAGAGCUGUACAAUGCUAAACACACACACUUUUAACUUGUUAUCCAAGAAAGAGUCGGUUAAAGAAGAUAAAUUAACCUCCAUCUUUCUUUGUUCUUUUACUUCUUUUGUAACUUUCGCGAGUUUCAACAUUUCUGUUUCACUCGUUGUAAUUCUUUGGAUAAUAAUACCCUUGUGAGCUAUCAAGACUUGACUUUUAAUUUCAAA